CCGCCUGCUUUCCAUCCCUUUUAAUAAUCAGUCUCCUUUUCUCACCUUAGAGGCGAGACGCGCGCGAGCUAGCGAGCCAGGCGCCCACGUGACCGGCGGAUUGUUUUGUUUUUUUGCUUAUGCUCUGCUGACCAGCCUCGCGCCCGCGCGCGCUGUCCCCUUUUUCCCGAGAGGAGACGCGACUGCGCAGCCGCAACGAAGAGCAGGUUGCUCAUAUAUGACCAGAUGGUGAAAUUGAUUUGCACUCUGACAGAUCAUAGAGAUGAUGUCAACUGCUGUGCCUUCUCCUCUUCCUACCUGGCUACAUGUUCCUUGGACAAAACUGUCCGUUUGUAUUCUUUAAGCAAUUUUGAAGAGCUUCCUUAUUCGCCACUAGAAGGCCACACUUAUGCUGUUCACUGCUGCUGCUUCUCUCCUUUGGGACAUACUUUGGCUUCAUGUUCUACGGAUGGCAAUACAGUUCUGUGGAAUACUCAAACUGGAUUGAAAUUGGCUGUGCUGGAGCACCCCUGUAGAAACCCUGUAAGAAUUUGUCGAUUUUCCCCUGAUUCCAGCUGCUUGGUUUCAGGAGCAGCAGAUGGAAGUGUAAAUCUUUGGAAUGUUCAGUCCUUGAAAGUGUACCGAUCUGGUAGCGUUAAAGAUGGCUCUUUGGUAGCCUGUGCAUUUGCUCCUAAUGGAAGUUUCUUUGUAACGGGAUCAUCAUGUGGAGAUUUAACUGUCUGGGAUGACAAAAUGAGGUGCUUGUAUAAUGAGAAAGCUCAUGACCUUGGAGUCACCUGCUGUGACUUUUCUUCACAGCCACUUUCUGGUAAUAAGGAAAAUGUUAAAUAUUUCAAGAUGGCAUCUUCUGGUCAAGAUAGCACAAUUAAGAUAUGGCUUAUUUCAUUUACUGAAGACACUGGACUCGAACUGAAACUUAAGUGUGCAUUAAGUGGACAUACUGCCCCAGUUCUGGCUUGUGCUUUUUCCUAUGAUGGACAAACUUUAAUCUCUGGGUCAGUGGAUAAAACCGUAAUGAUUUUUGAAACUAACACUGGAAACAUCCUGCAUACUUUGACUCAGCAUACAAGGUAUGUUACAAGCUGUGCCUUUGCACCAGAUAAGCCAUUAUUUGCUACAGGUUCAAUGGAUAAGUGUGUGAAAAUCUGGCAGUUUGAACCAAAACAGCUUUUUAUAGGAAGUGCAUUAAUAGAGGAACCAAAGAUAGCUGUUGAUAAUUGGUCUGAAGAAGAUGUUUCAGCUUGGUUGUGCAGACAUGACUUAAAAGAUCUAGUUGAGAUUUUCAAAAGGAACAACAUUGAUGGUAAAGAAUUGCUGAGUCUUACAAAGGAAGGCUUGACUGAUGAUUUAAAAAUAGAGUCCCUAGGUCUUCGCAGUAAAGUAUUGCGUAACAUCGAGAAGCUGAGAAAUGAGAUGGAGUCAGCCUGUCUGGGAAUACCUGAUGAAUUCCUGUGCCCCAUAACAAGAGAGCUUAUGAAAGAGCCAGUCAUUGCUGCAGAUGGCUAUUCUUAUGAAAAAGAAGCAAUGGAAAACUGGAUCAUUAAAAAAAGGCACUCCAGUCCUAUGACAAAUCUCCCUCUUCAGAGACUUGUACUUACGCCAAACCGAAGUUUGAAAAUGGCUAUCAAUCGUUGGUUAGAAACUCAUCCAAAAUAUAAUGAAAACCCAUCAUCGUAAAAAAUGAUUGAGCUUUUUUUUUAAUGAAUGGAAAUGAAGCUGGACCAUAGGUAUAUGAAAUCAAGUCAGUUAUAAGCUCCUUGAACUUUAUAAAUGAAGUACCUUGACAAAGAACAAAAACCAGAUAUCACGAUUUGUAAUUUCUAAGAGUUUAGAUAGGGGUUUUUUUUUACACUUAAGUUUAUACUCCUAUACAUUUACCUAGGCUUUACUCAGCUUGGUGGGAUUUGCCCCUGAACAGGGCUGUAUGCAUAGGGCUAUACUCUUAAGCAAUAUGCUGGAUCAUAGUUGAUAAGAAUGCAAAUUACACUCAUGGCUCCUAUGCAUUUAACAACUAAGUACUUUGAUGUAUGUACUGGCAUCUAAUGUGAAUUACUGGAAGAAAGAGGUUUUUUUUAAAAAAAGUUUAAUUUUCAUGGAAUCCUGUGUAAGUUAAUAAAGUAUUAAUUGAAAAA